CUCUCCACUACCGCCCUUGUCAAACCGAGCCUCCUCCGCUUUACUGACCCCUCCCUACGGGUCUUCCUAUGGCACUGCAGUGAAAGCGUCGGUAAAGGAGAGAGAAGCUGGGCAUAAUUCAACGGACAAACCCUUAAAUAAUCAAAAGCGACGCCUUUCUGUAUCAGCUCGCGGCCUUCAAACACCCUAAAAGCCUUGUUUUUAUUUCACAUCCCGGGACCGCGUUUUCAUCAUCCAACCGGCAAGAUGGGAAAUGAAGCAAGUUACCCCCUGGAAAUGUGUACACAUUUCGAUGCUGAUGAGAUUAAAAGGCUAGGGAAGAGGUUUAAGAAACUCGACCUAGAUAACUCAGGCUCGUUAAGUGUGGAGGAAUUCAUGUCCCUGCCCGAGCUUCAACAGAACCCGCUGGUGCAGAGGGUCAUCGACAUAUUCGACACAGACGGCAAUGGAGAGGUGGACUUCAAAGAGUUUAUUGAGGGAGUCUCCCAGUUCAGUGUCAAGGGUGACAAAGAACAGAAGCUUCGGUUCGCCUUCAGGAUCUACGACAUGGACAAGGAUGGUUACAUCUCCAACGGCGAGCUCUUCCAGGUUUUGAAGAUGAUGGUGGGCAACAACCUAAAGGACACACAGCUGCAGCAGAUAGUGGACAAAACCAUUAUCAAUGCAGACAAGGACGGAGACGGCAGGAUAUCCUUUGAAGAGUUCUGCGCAGUGGUGGGCGGCCUGGACAUACACAAAAAGAUGGUUGUGGAUGUGUGAGUGCCCUUCCCCCUGAUACCUUCCUCCUCUCCUCGACACUCGCUUUCUUCUCCAUCUUUGAAGAUCUAUUUGACGCCUGGCAAGCACUCCCUGCGUAUCUCAAUGGAAGUGUUCUCUUUCUCUCUCUGUGAAGCCAAUUUUUUUGAAAAACAAAACAAAAAACUAACAAAACAAAAACACGAGCCUCGUGGAGCCAACUUUGAAGUGUUAUUGAACUCUGAUCCUCUCAAUAACUCAGUUGUAGCACUUUAAGAGACUUAAGGACAGCUAUAUCUUGUUUGCAAGAGAAUCUCUGAGUGGAUAUAAGGGCAUGGGUGGAGAAGAAGGCAGGUUGUCUUGUUAAUAUUUUCUUCAAUUUUUUCCCUUCGUUUUUUUUAUUGUAAUUCUUUUUUUUUUAUAUUUAUUUUUGUUCUUGUCUUCUUAUAUAUAUAUAUAAAUAUAUAAGAAAACAACUAGGAUAUCAAUGGCUCUAUGUGGGAAAUGUGUAGUUAGCCGAGAUGUUACUAAGUAUACUUGAUUUCAUUACGACUCAAAAGAUGGGUAUGAAGUGCCAACCAGAACAUAUCCAAAAAAUAGUUUUCAUUAUUAUUGUCUACUAUCGCUGUCCUUUUUGGAAAACUGGUUUGUGAUGCAUCAGCAUGGUCACUACACAUGCAAAUGACACUUUCAAAUAUCUGUAUAUUGUUUUUCGUCUUGUCUAUUUUACACUCGGACUGAUCAGAUCAUUUAGGCUUUUUAAUCAUAUUGAGAGAAAAAACAUUUAAAUGUUUUUCUUUUUUGCAAAGGGUGAUUCAAUAUGAAAUGUGUGAUCAAAUGAGUAGCGAUAGAUGCCAAGAAAGUUACAGUAUGUCUUUGCAAACUAAUGUGGUUUACUUAAAAUGAAACAAUUUGCAGAGUAUAACCAUGAGACUGUCCCUGACAGUCUCAUUAAAGGACAUUUCUAUAAAAAAUCAAUCAAAGCAUUUCAUGCAUUUGUAUUUUACUACCUUUGAACAGAGCUUAGAGGCAAUGGGAAUUAAAUUGAAUUAACAAAAAAUUAUAAUAGCUAGUGAAUGUCAGUGAAUUUUGGAGAAUAUAUAUACAGGUGCUUCUGAGACUUAUCUGCAGGCAGCGGAUUGUUUUUUUUAACAACGAUAUAUGUAUAUUAGAUAACCACCGGUUUCUCAUGUGCAGAAACAGCAGGAGGGGAGGAGCUUUGCGUGUUAAGUCUUGGAAACAUUUACUAUAUGCAGUGUAUGGAGGGUGGACUCGUCCAGUAAAGUAGAAUUGCUCUACAACUUUUACUUGUUAGCAUGAUCAAUGUGCAAUGGGAUAUACUGUACAAUUAGUCUGGAGCGUGUACAUUUCAAAAGUUGGCUUCUUCUCCCACUUUUCUAUCAUGAUCACCGUCACUCCUCCCAUUGGUUAAGCAGGAAGAAAAACUGGUGUGCACCUAAAUUAUAUAGUCAGAAACGCUCCCUUAGAUUAUCAACCACAGCAUCGGGUUUCUAUUGUUACUCGAUUACUGGUUUGGACAGGCGUUUUUGGAUUGGAGAAACUGUAAUGUCCCUUCCCUAAGCUCUGCAUGGCUUGGGCCUCCCUUAUACUUGCAUGACAUGGAUAUUUCUUUGUUGUUAUGCAUGUAUAUACAUUUUGAAAAAAUCCUAUUGUUUACACAUGGAUGGUAAUGUUGAUAACUAUUUAAGAAUUGGUAUACAAUAUGGAUGUUGCCAAACUUUGGUAAAUGUACACAUGAGCAGUAAUCCAAAUAAACUGAACUACAUGUAACUUUUGUAUUUUUCCCAGGUCAGUGAGAUGCUUCUAUUCCAGUAAAGAUGCAUAACUGAUCCUGUCUCAAACUGCCACACUGUACUCAGAGGGGACAUUUUUGAAGCUUUUCUUUUUUGUAUGCUAGUAUUAGCUAAUGCCGUUUCUGCUCUCUAUAGUACAGGCCACGCUUUAUUUUGUCUGUGCUUUUCUCUGACUGAGUGGGUUCUUUUUUUAGUUUUUGUGGGAAAUCUGAAAUGGAUGUUUAACAAACUGUAUUUUUUCCCCCUUUCUCUGCAUGCUGCAUCUUAUGCUGUGGGACUGUUGGAAACUUGAUACUGUAUAAAAAUGAAACAGAAAAUAAACUUUUAAAAAUGGAAA